GUUAUGGCAGGGGCCGAGUACGAAUACUGCCCAUUCAUGUUCUGGUACCCGCCUGCUGUGUGCUACUACAAGCGAUUUGGCCCUGGAGCCGACGAAGACGAGGAGAAUGAUGGUGUAGCGACAGACGGGAGAGACAUCAAGCCGCAUGGCGACAUUGAGGAAAAGGACCACUCGAAUGCCGCGACUCAGCCACAAAACUCGCGGCUGCUGUCUCUCCCGGUAGAGAUACGACUGAGGAUCUACUAUUGGGCUUACAGAAUGAGUCCCAUCCAGCCCAAGGAGCUCGCAGCGGGAUAUCCCAUUCCCAUGCUGUGCCGCUACGUGCUGCACCCGCUUGAUCCUGAUCUUGAGAAGAAGAUUGAAGAGGAGAUUGAGGCCGAGGAGACCAUCAUCGAGCUCGCAAAGCCAGACGACAGCGGCCCGGUCAUGGAGGGCUCGGAGGGGAACCAGGGCGGCCAGAGCAAAUGGGACAAGAUGAAGACGGAGCAGGAGAGGAAAAAGCUGGUCAAGGAGCGGACAAAGGAGCGGAUGCGUGAGCUCAACAGAAACACCCCGGGCCUGCUCAGCUCAGAGCGACCGCUGGCGGGCAUUCCCACCAAUCUGCUUCGCACCUGUCGGCAGAUCUACUUUGAGGCCCGCGAGGUGCCGUUUGCGAACAACGAGUUUGUCUUUCUCAACUGGUUCUCAUCGGGCCUCAACGCAGCGUCAGCCGUGACCAAGUCGCAGCGGCCGUGGCAGCGCCUGGCGAUGCGGUACGCGAGAGUGGAGAUUAUGGCCGAGGAUCUGGCACGCAAGGCGGCGCUGAGCAAGUGGGCGGACCUGUGCAGCCCGGGACGAGCGGCGUCGUGGACUCGCGGGCUCCGGGGUCUUCGGCUGAAAAUCGUGGGCCAGAUCGGCCGGAGGAGCACCGACGACGUAAAGGAUGACGACGAGUUCGUCGACGGGCUGGAGGAGGCCGGCGGUGCCAGGCGGUGGGUGGAGGGCGGGCGGCUGGCGGAGAUGGAGAACCUGGAGAGGCUGGAGAUUGAGAUUAUCAAGAACUCGUGGAGCACGGAGGACAAGAUUGCGUGGUGCGCGGCUGUGCAGGACGCCUUGAGGGAGAAGGGGUCCAACGCGGUGGUUGCGUGCAUGGGCAGGAUCUUGUAAGCUU